AUGGGAGAAUCCUCGCGUCCCAAGAAACGGUCCAAGACUGUCGACACAUCUAUUCCGGAAAUCGCUGCUGAAAAGGCAGAGUAUGAAUUAUCAGUUCACCCUCACCCCAGGGAAAGAGAGGAGCUAGAUGUGUAUGACGGAGGUGAGUUUAACAUUUCCAAGCGUUACAAAACGACUGCCAAAUACGCCCGCAAACUUGAAGACGCCGAAAUAAAUCCGUUCACUGGUAGGAAAUUCAGUCAGAAGUAUGUGGACAUUUUGAGGGUUCGUCGUGAAUUGCCUGUUCACGCACAGAGAGACGAGUUCCUUAAAAUUUUCCAGAAUACUCAGAUCAUGGUUUUCGUUGGUGAGACAGGUUCUGGUAAAACCACACAGAUUCCCCAGUUUGUGUUAUAUGACGAGAUGCCACAUCUGAACGGAACUCAGGUUGCUUGUACUCAACCAAGAAGAGUUGCUGCCAUGUCGGUUGCAGCAAGAGUUGCAGAUGAAAUGGAUGUUGAACUUGGAGAAGAAGUUGGUUACAGCAUCAGAUUUGAGAACAAAACUUCGAAGAAGACCAUCCUCAAAUACAUGACCGAUGGUAUGCUUUUGAGAGAGGCUAUGGAAGAUCAUGAUUUGAAAAGAUAUGGCUGUAUUAUUUUGGAUGAAGCGCACGAGCGUACAUUGGCUACAGAUAUCUUGAUGGGUUUGAUUAAACAAGUCAGUGUCAGAAGACCGGACCUGAAGAUCAUUGUCAUGUCAGCAACUCUUGAUGCAGAAAAGUUCCAAAGUUACUUCAACGAUGCGCCUUUGCUGGCCGUUCCAGGUCGUACCUAUCCUGUUGAAAUUUACUACACACCCGAGUUCCAGAGAGAUUACUUGGAUGCUGCUAUCCGUACGGUUUUGCAAAUCCAUGCCACUGAGGACGAAGGAGACAUUUUGUUAUUUUUGACAGGUGAAGAGGAGAUUGAAGACGCAUGUUCCAAAAUCUCUUUAGAAGGAGAUUAUUUGAUCAGAGAGGAAGGUUGCGGACCGUUGUCUGUCUAUCCUCUGUAUGGUUCCUUACCACCUCAUCAACAGCAAAAGAUUUUCGAUCCAGCACCACAGCCAUUCAAGCCAAACGGAAAGCCAGGAAGAAAAGUCAUUGUUUCCACCAACAUUGCCGAGACUUCGCUUACUAUUGACGGUAUUGUAUACGUCGUGGAUCCUGGAUUCUCAAAACAGAACGUUUACAACCCAAGAAUAAGAGUCCAGUCGUUGCUGGUGUCGCCAAUUUCCAAAGCCUCGGCACAACAGAGAGCGGGAAGAGCUGGUCGUACCAGACCAGGUAAAUGUUUCCGUCUCUACACUGAGGAAGCAUUCAAGAAGGAACUAAUCGAGCAGACGUAUCCGGAGAUUCUGAGAACUAACUUGUCAUCAACAGUGUUGGAGCUUAAGAAACUCGGAGUUGACGACUUGGUGCAUUUCGAUUUCAUGGAUCCACCUGCCCCAGAAACCAUGAUGAGAGCAUUGGAGGAGCUCAACUAUCUUGGAUGUUUGGAUGACUCUGGAGAGCUGACUGCUUUGGGUAGAUUAGCGUCCCAGUUCCCAUUGGAUCCUAUGCUUGCUGUUUUGCUCAUUGGAUCUCCUGAAUUUAAAUGUUCUGAGGACGUGCUCACUGUGGUAGCAAUGCUGUCUGUUCCUUCUGUCUUUGUCAGACCGUCAGGAAAGUCUGCAAAGGCCGCUGCUGAUGAGGUGAAGAAAGUCUUUGCCCACCCUUCAGGAGAUCAUUUGACAUUGCUCAAUGUUUUCAACGCAUUCCAGUCGGAAGAAGCACAAGAAAUUGGAGUGAGUAAAUGGUGCAAGAACAAUUUCCUGUCUUACAGAUCGCUCAAGUCUGCAGAGAACGUCAGAUGGCAACUUUCCAAAUUGAUGGAGAAGUACGAUCUGGAGCUCAACUUCACCGACUAUGAUGAUCCUAAGCAUCACAUCAACUUGCGUAAGGCGCUCGUUGCUGGUUUCUUCAUGCAAGUUGCUAAGAAGAAGAGUGCCGGUAAAGGGUACAUCACUGUCAAAGAUAACCAGGAAGUUUUAAUACAUCCGUCUACCGUGCUUGGCCAGCAAGACGAAUGGUUGAUCUACAACGAGUUUGUUCUCACAUCGAAAAACUACAUCCGCACAGUCACUGCCAUCAAACCAGAGUGGCUGAUCGAGUUGGCUCCAAAGUACUACGACCUUUCCCAGUUCCAGAAAGGAGAUGUCAAGCUGAGUUUGGAGAGAGUCAAGGCGCGCGUGGACAGAAAAUAG